CAGUCUUAGUUCAGACUUUGAGUGAAUAAGAAGUGUACUCUAUUAAGCAAGAGAAUUAAAAAUAAAAGAGUGAUUAAUGUUUUUUAUUGUGCACGCAGAAGAGUGGCAAAAUUUGUUUCUUUAAAGUGUUUCAACAUCGCGCUGUGGCCAAGUAGCCAUGGUGAAUGCGAAAAUGAAAACAUUUUUGCCUCUAGUCCUUUGGUCUGUGCUAACAGUUAAUGUGGCACUGUCACAAAACAGAAUAAGUAAUACGAGAUUAAAACGCGAAAUAUUUUUUCUAAAUUUGGAAGACGGCUAUUUUGGCUGUCAAGUUAACGAAUCAACAGAUUAUUUACAAUUAUUCGAAUUAUCGAAAUUAUGUGAUGGCCAUCAAGAUUGUUUUAUGUCAUCCGAUGAAUUAGCUAAAGAGUUAAAGUGCACAAAUGAUUGUGACAAAGAUGACACAUCGUGUACAAAUGGUGCGUGCUUGGACUCAUUAUGUCACUGUAACGACGGUUAUGGAGGAUGUAAUUGCCAAGUUCCAGAUGAGAACGAGUGCAAAUACCGUCCAUGUGAUGUUUUUGCCCAUUGUACGAACACAUUAGGCAGUUUUAUGUGUUCGUGCUUUCCGGGCUAUCACGGCGAUGGCUUUCACUGUGAAGAUAUCGACGAAUGUCAAGAUCCUAGCAUAGCGGCGAGGUGUGUUGAAAACGCUGAAUGCUGUAAUUUGCCAGCGCAUUUCGUGUGUAAAUGUAAGCCGGGCUACGAAGGCGACGGCGAAGAGCUGUGUACAGAUGUAAAUGAAUGCCUGCAUCCGGGCGCGUGCGGUAUUAAUACCGACUGUAUCAAUACACCUGGUAAUCAUACGUGCGCUUGUAAACAUGGUUACGAAGGCAAUCCUUUCGAUGGUUGCGUCGAUAUAAAUGAAUGUUUGCAUCCGAAUGCCUGUGGCCCUGGCGCCAUUUGCAUCAAUUUAGAAGGUAGUUAUCAAUGUGAGUGUCCGCAAGGAUAUGACGGUGAUGCUAGAACGAUUGGAUGCAAAGAUUUUGAUGAAUGCGCACGAUUGCCGUGCGGCCGAAAUGCACAGUGUCGCAACAAUGAAGGCAGCUUUCAAUGCUCUUGUCCAGAAGGUUUUAUCGGUGAUCCAAUGAACGAAUGUCAAGAUAUUAACGAAUGUGUGGAGAAUCCAUGUGGUGCUAAUGCCGUGUGCACAAAUUCAAUUGGCAGUUUUGCAUGCACAUGCAAACCCGAUUACACGGGAAAUCCGUACAAAGGAUGCACUGACAUUGAUGAGUGCUCGGCGUUGAAGCAACCAUGUCCGCCGAGUGCAAUUUGUGAAAAUGCCAAUCCAGGCUACAAUUGCAAAUGCCCACAGGGGUAUGCGGCUAAACCUGAUCCGAAAAUUGCAUGUGAACAGGUCGAUGUGAAUAUUUUGUGUCAGAGUAACUUCGACUGUACCACAAAUGCGGAAUGUAUUGACGGACAAUGUUUCUGCCAAAAUGGAUUUGAGCCACAAGGCAAUGUGUGCGUUGACAUCGAUGAGUGCCGAACGGAUAGUAACACUUGUGGAGAACGAUCCAUUUGUAUUAACACACCCGGAGCACAUCGAUGUGAAUGCCCUGACGGUAUGAUUGGGAAUCCACCAAGAGUUGGCUGCAAAACACCAUGCGAAGAUGUGAAAUGUGGUCCACAUGCUUAUUGCAAAGCUGAUGGAACCGAAGCUUACUGUGUUUGCGAUGAAGGAUGGACAUACAAUCCAAAUGAUAUUGCAGCCGGAUGUCAAGAUAUUAACGAAUGUGACACAGCUCAUGGGCCAUCAGGAAGAUGUGGUUUGAAUGCAAUUUGCACAAAUACGCCAGGAGACUUUUCGUGCCAAUGUCCACCAGGAUUUUCAGGCAAUGCGGCCAUUCAAUGUGUUGAUAUCGAUGAAUGCUCAAAACCAAAUCGUUGCGGUCAAGGAGCGCUGUGCCUAAACCGAGCCGGUACAUUCGAAUGUGUUUGCCCAGAAGGUUCAAUUCCAGAUCCCGAUCCAAGUGUUCGUUGCAUAACCGUAGUAACAUGCAAAUCAAAUAAUGACUGCCCUGGAAAUGCCAUUUGUGAUGAGCACCAACGUUGUUUGUGCCCAACACCAAAUGUUGGAAAUGAUUGUCGACAUCCAUGUGAAAGUCUUGCUUGUGGACCAAACUCAAAUUGUAUGAUCGUGAAUCAAGAAGCGAAAUGCUUGUGUGUACCAGGUUUUGUUGGAUCAGCCGAUCGAAUUGGUGGUUGUGUUGAUGAUGACGAAUGUAAACACUCGCCAGAUGUUUGUCCACAAGGUUCUCUUUGCAUAAACACGCCUGGAAGUUUCACAUGCCAAUGCCCAAGUGGUAUUUCGGGUGAUCCAUUCAAUGGAGACUGUGCACGAGCAAACAUUCAAGUUUUGACUUGCGACGAAGAGCAUCCAUGUGGCAAAGAGGAAAACUGUGUGUUUGACGCUUUCCUUGGAAAGAAUGUGUGCGUUUGUCGACAAGGAUUUACACGAGACAACAGCACCGGCAGAUGCCUGGAUAUUGAUGAAUGUGCCAAUAGUGUGCGACCAGUAUGUGGAAUGAAUUCGUUGUGUAAGAAUUUGCCAGGAAGUUUUGAAUGUUUCUGCCCGCCAAAUUUCUUCGGAAAUCCAUACCAUCUGUGCGAAGAAUGCAACAGUGUUGAAUGCCAAUGCAAAGCUCCGUACAAAUUCGUCGGCGGAAAUUGUAUUUUGUCUGGCUGUCAAGAUGGUAGUCAAUGCCCACCGGGAGCUGAAUGUAUCACAAUUGCUGGUGGCGUUAGCUACUGUGCUUGCCCGAAAGGUUAUCGCACACAAUCCGAUGGCAGUUGCGUUGAUGUGGACGAAUGUACUGAAAACCGACAUUUCUGCGGCUUUGGAGCCGAAUGCGUUAAUCGACCUGGAUCAUAUGAAUGCUUAUGCCAACCAGGAUACGGUGGAGAUCCCUAUCAUGGUCAAUGCUCUGCCCCACAAAGACGAUGCGCUUCAGACAGAGAAUGUGGAACAAAUGAGAAAUGUGUUCAACCAGGAGAAUGUAUUUGCCCACCGCCAUUCUUUUUGGAUACCAGCGACGGUAACAAAUGUAAAAAUCCAUGCGAACGGUAUGCUUGCGGAAUCAAUGCCAAGUGUACACCAACCGAUCCACCACAAUGUAUGUGCGAAGCCGGUUUCAAAGGAGACCCAUUGCAGGGAUGCUUCGAUGAAAAUGAAUGUUCAACAUACGGCAAUCCAUGUGCCUAUGGUGCACAAUGCGUCAAUCAAAAGGGAGGAUACAAAUGCAUUUGUCCAAAUGGAAUGACCGGUGAUCCGUACAAAGAAGGAUGCGUUUCGGGUAAAUUGUCAAGCAGGUGCCAAGCCAACAGCGAUUGUGCUGAUACAUUGGCUUGUGUGCAAGGUACUUGCAUUAGCCCAUGCAAGAGCUUACUCUGUGGCCAAAAUGCAUAUUGUGAACCGGAAAAUCACGCUGCAUGGUGUCGAUGCCGCGUCGGUUUUGAAGAAAACGAAAGCGGGGAAUGUGUUUCACAAUGUAAUGACUAUUUCUGCGGUCAAGGAGCUGUUUGUAUUGUAACUCGCGAUGGUCCAACAUGUAAAUGCCCAACUGGAUUGACUGGAAAUCCAUUCCCCGGUGGUGUUUGCGUAACGGAUCAGUGUUCAGCCAGCCAUCCAUGUGCCAAUAAUCAAGUGUGCAUUGGUGGCCGUUGCAAACAUCGUUGUGACAAUGUUGUUUGUGGAGUUGGUGCUACAUGCGAACCAUCAACUGGAAAAUGUAUUUGUGAACCAAACUUUGCUGGAAAUCCAGAUUAUCUGUGUAUGCCACCGAUCAAAAACCCAGACUGUCAACCGGAAUGUGGUCAAAAUGCUCACUGCCGCUACGGACUUAUUUCGAAUGAAUGUGUGUGUAAUCCAAAUACUGUCGGAAAUCCAUAUGACAUUUGUGGCCCAGUCGGUCCAAAUACAUGUGCCAACACCAAAUGUGGCGUUGGAGCCGAAUGUCGCCAACUAAACGGACGCGUUGAUUGUGUUUGCCCGAUUGGUUUUACCGGAAAUCCAUUUGUUGAGUGUCGCGACAUCGACGAAUGUUUGGAGAAUCUUUGUGGAACGAACUCAAUUUGUAUUAAUACUGCCGGCAGCUAUGUUUGCACAUGCAAACGUGGAUUCUUCGGAAAUCCAUACGAAAUGUGUUCACCAAUCCAAGAAGAUGCCGAAUGCGACGAUCCAAAUCACUGUGUAUGCAGCAAAACCGUUGCUUGCCCACCUGGAUAUCGAUGCGAAGGUGGUCGUUGUUUGAAUUUGUGUGAAGGAGUAUCGUGCGGCCCAAGAGCUGCUUGCUCGCUUGGUAAAUGUGUCUGUCCAUUGGGUUACAUUGGGGAUGGAAAUGAUUUGAGCAAAGGUUGUUAUUUGCGAGGCCAGUGCGAAAUUGAUCAGGAUUGUAAGAGCACCGAAAUUUGCUUCCAAUUUGGUCGUGGCGUUCGAAAUUGCGUCGAUGCAUGCAGUAAAUUCUCAUGCGGUCCAAAUGCGUCAUGUGUUUCGAGCAAUCAUCGAUCAACUUGUAUCUGUAGCGAUGGUUUCAUCGGCAAUCCAAAUGAUUUCAACUCGGGUUGUACAAAGCUUAAAGAUGAAAUCAGACAAAAUGCAUGCGAAGGCAAUGGCGAGUGUGCACAAGGGCAAAUUUGUAUUGUUGGAACAAAUGGAUAUAAGGAAUGUAUCAAUCCAUGCGCAUCAGUGGCGUGUGGUUUGAAUGAAGAAUGCCGAUUGGAUGCAAAUUCGAAUCCAGCUUGUCAUUGUCGGCCGACUUAUGCCUGGAAUCCAGCCAGUUCAAUGUGCGAAAAACCAUCGAUCCCAGAUUGUGCAUCAAACAAUGACUGUCAUCCGGUGGCUGCAUGCCAACCAGACGCACUUGGCAUUCUGAAAUGUACAUCAAUUUGUGAUAAAUUCCAAUGUCCAGCUAAUUCAGUUUGUGUGGCUACCAAUCAUCAAGGUGAAUGUCAAUGUUUGCCUGGAUACCACGGCAAUCCAAGAGAUCGAAGCGGAUGUCGAUUGGUACAAGCAAACCAAUGUUCAACAAGCGCUGAAUGCUCAGAAAAUGAAAAAUGUAAAAAGAACGAACGAACUGGUGUGAUGGAAUGUCGAUCAGUCUGUGAAGAUGUGCACUGUGGUCCACAAGCAAUUUGUGUGUCAAACAAUCACAUUGCCAAGUGCCAAUGCCCAACAGGUCCUUGGACUGGAGAUCCAUAUAACAUGACAGCCGGUUGUACGAGCGUUCCAUGUGUAUACAAUAUCGAUUGUCCACCGACACAAUUGUGCAAUCGAUUGACUCACACUUGCUACAAUGUCUGUGAUGAAUCAGCAUGUGGAGAAAAUGCAAUUUGUAUUGCCGAAAACCAAAAUGCCGUCUGUCAAUGUCCGCCUGGCUUCCGUGGUGAUCCGAUUCCAGAAGUUGGCUGUAAAUUGGCUGAUGCAUGCUCACACUGUGCAGAAUCAUCCAUUUGUGAGAUAUCAUCAACUGGUCAAGCAAUUUGUAAAUGCCAACAAGGUUAUACCGGUUACCCAGAUUCAACGGGAUGCUUCCCAAUUGGUCAAUGUCCACAUGGCGAUACCGAUUGUCCAAACAGCGCUAAAUGCGUCAGCGGUCGCUGUGUCGAUAAAUGCCACGGUUUGUGUGGACCAAAUAUGAUUUGCACCAUCAAAAACGGUGAAGCAGUUUGUGCAUGCCCGAGCCGAUUUAGAUUCGUUUCCGGUGAUGCUAAAGACGGUUGUUAUCGCGAUACAUUAGCUUGUAAUAAGGAUUAUGACUGCGGCAGUGGAAUUUGCAGCAAUGGUCAGUGUACAGUUGCUUGCAGAAAUCAGAACGAUUGCGCUGAUGGUGAAUAUUGUUCGAACAAUCGAUGCAUGAUCAAAUGCUCGAGUCACAACCAAUGUCCAGAGGGUCAAGCAUGUAAACAAGGUGUUUGCUCGAUUGGAUGCCGAAGCAACAACGAUUGCGCUUCAAAUUUGUCUUGCAACAACAAUAACUGUCAAAAUUCAUGCGAGAGUAACAUUUGUGGACCGAAUGCCUUGUGCAAAAUCGAAAAUCAUGCAGCCAAAUGCGAAUGCCCCGCCGGAUUCGAUGGAAAUCCAACGCCAGAACAAGGAUGUGUUCGAGUUCCAUCGACUUGUGUUUCGACGAGCCGAUGCCCGAACGGUCACAUGUGCAUCGGAAACUACUGUCAAGUGCCAUGCAGCGAAUCAGUUGCAUGCGCCAUCGGCGAGAGGUGUGAUAAUAAUGUUUGCGCGAAGGUUUGCUACACAAAUAACAAUUGUUUGCCCGGUGAAAUUUGUAACGAACGUGGAACAUGUCAAUCGGGUUGCCAAAGCGAAGCUGAUUGCCCACCAACACAGGUUUGCGCAAGUGGAAAAUGUAAAUGCGGUCGCGGUUUCAUUGGAACACCAUUCGGAUGCUCUGAUAUUGAUGAGUGCACCGAUCAGGUUUGUCACAAGAGCGCUAUUUGCGAAAAUACACCAGGAUCAUUCAGAUGUGUGUGCCCAGAACAAACCGUUGGCGAUCCAUACACAGAACCUGGUUGCUUACUUCCAAAUCAAUGCGCACGAAAUGAAGACUGUGCCAAGAAUUUGGCAUGUUUCGAAGGAAAAUGCACAGAACCAUGCGGCAUCGCCGAAUGUGGUCGCAAUGCAAUUUGUCAGGGCAGCGAACAUAAAGCAUUCUGCCAAUGUCCACCGGGCCAUUUGGGAGAUCCAACCGAUAAGGUCACCGGUUGUUUCCGAGUCGAAUGUAUCAGCAGCGAAGAAUGCAGCCAAAACAAAUAUUGUAAUCCACAAAUUAACAAAUGUCAAAAUCCAUGCGAUAAUGUUGACUGUGGUCGAGGAACGUGUGUUGUCGACCGUCAUGAGGCAACUUGUUCAUGUCCUCCUGGCUACGUACUACUUAACGGCAAAUGUGAAGACAUCGACGAAUGUGUUGAACGACCAUGCCACAGUUCGGCAGUGUGCAAAAAUUAUCCGGGUAGCUUUGUUUGCACUUGUCCAGAUGGUUUAGUUGGCGAUCCAAUUAACACUGGUUGCCGAAAUCCAGAAGAAUGUUUAACCAAUACCGACUGUCCAGACACUGCCGCGUGCAUCAAUUCAAGAUGCAAAAACCCAUGUGAUUUACCGAAUGCUUGUGGCUCAAAUGCUCAAUGCACAGUCAAUGCACAUCAUGCGUUCUGUAAAUGCCCAUCAAACUCACGUGGCGAUCCAAGCGUUGAAUGCCGAUUGAUUGAAUGUAGUGAAAACACCGAUUGUCCACAUUCAAAAUCAUGUUUGGAUUCGAAAUGCGUUAAUCCAUGCUCGAUUCCAAAUGCUUGUGGUCAACAUUCGAAUUGUGCUGUUGAAAAUCACGUUGGAAUUUGCUCAUGUCAACCAGGAACGACGGGUAAUCCGCUUUUGGGUUGUGUUCCAAUCCAAUAUUGCUCCGCCGACAAUCAAUGUCCAUCGGGAACGAUUUGCACGGCCGGAGUUUGUUCAGCCAUUUGUACAUCGAACCGUGAAUGUAUCACCGAUCAACUAUGUUUGCAAGGCAUUUGUCAAUCGACUUGCCAUGAUAAUACCACAUGUGCCGACUUCCAAUUCUGUCAGAACAACAUUUGUACACAAGAAGUUCGAUGCCGUCACGAUGACGAAUGUUUGCCUCAUGAAUAUUGUUAUGUGGAUUCGUACGGUCGAUCCGAAUGUAAGAACGCUUGCGAAGGCCGUGUACUUUGCGGUCGAAAUGCUGAAUGUACCGCACGUAAUCAUGACGCUUUGUGCUCAUGCAAACCAGGCUUUGUUGACGAUGGCCAAGGCGGAUGCCGACGAAUCGAAUGUGAAAAGGAUGUUGACUGUUCAUCAGAGCAAUUCUGUGAGAAGAAUAUCUGCAAAUUGGCGUGCCAGAGUGGAAGAACGUGCGGUGAAAAGGCAAUUUGCACCGUUGAAGAUCAUCGACCAGUUUGCUAUUGUCAACCGGGCUACAGUGGCAAUCCAUAUGAACAAUGUAACGCCGUUGAUUAUUGUCGUGAUGCACCAUGCGGACCGGGAGCACAGUGCUCAAACAACAAAGGAACAUUCCAUUGUGCUUGCGGUAAUGGAUACGUUGGAGAUCCAUACAACGAGGGCUGUCGCUUAGCUUUCGAAUGUACAAGCAAUGCCGACUGCCCAGCAAGUGCCGAGUGUAUUCAAUCGAACAGCGAAUCGAAAUGCAGAGAUGUUUGUGAAAAUGUUAGCUGCGGCCCGAACUCGGAAUGUUUACCGGUCGAUCAUGUUGCUUUCUGUAAAUGCUUACCAGGUUAUGGAGGCGAGGCUAGCGAUACAAUUGUUGGAUGCAGACCAUUGCCAGUCCCAUGUAGCUCGUCAACGGAUUGCCCAGCCAACGCUUAUUGUAACGGAGGAGUCUGCAAACCGGCUUGCGCCUUGGACCAAGAGUGCGGAUUGGAUGAAAUUUGCUUGGAAAGUCAAUGCGUCAAUCCUUGUUCACUGCCAAAGGCUUGCGGAAUGAAUGCCGAUUGUCGAACAAAUAAUCACUACAAAUCAUGUGUCUGUCCAGCAGGUUUUACCGGAAACAGCGCCGUUGAGUGCGUGCGAAUUCCGGUCUCCUGCACCUCGAAUUUGGACUGUAUUGGUGGUAACACUUGCCGAGAUUCAAUGUGCUUGCCACGUUGCGAAUCAGAUCAAGUGUGCGCUUUGAACGAAAAAUGUAUCGGAAGCAAUUGUAUGCUGACAUGUCGUGUGGAUAAUGAUUGUUUCUUGGGUCAUAUUUGCUUGAAUAACCGUUGUAUCUACGCUUGUCGUUCGGACGAAGAUUGUACUUCAACUGAAAGCUGUUUGAAUAACACAUGCACCAAUCCAUGUAAUUUAUCACCAUGUGGGCCGAAUGCUGGAUGCACCGUAUUCAAUCAUCGUGCACAAUGCGCUUGUUUGAAUGGUCUAGUACCAAGUCCAACGGCCAAGAUUGGAUGUGUUCGUUCGCCUGCCACACCAUGUAGCUCAAGUCGAAAUUGCCAAGAUGGUCUAUUGUGUAUUCAAGGCGAGUGUAAAGCUCGUUGCUCCAGCGAUCGUGAAUGUUACAGCAAUGAACGUUGUGAGAGUGGCGUAUGCAAACCACUGUGCCGACGAGAUGAUGACUGUCGUCAUGGAGAAGUGUGUCAAGACUUUAUUUGCUCGGCUGGAUGUCGAUCAGAUGCUCACUGCCAAGGCAAUUUAGCUUGUGUCGGUCAAAAAUGCAUUGAUCCAUGCCUCGAACCAACGGCUUGUGGAUCAAAUGCCAACUGUAUCGUUCAAAAUCACGUGAAAUCAUGCAUUUGCCCAGAUUACUUGGUCGGAAAUCCAGUAAUCGGUUGCAAAUAUGCUCCGACAUCAUGUUCAAAUCACAACGAAUGCCCACCAAAUCAUUCAUGCUUCGGAAAUGUUUGCCAAGCAAACUGUAACAACGAUCAAAAUUGUUUGGCCGACGAACGAUGCGUGCGCGGAACGUGUCGAUCGAUUUGCAACAGCGACGCCUCAUGUGGAAAUGGUCAAAUUUGCGAGAAUCGAUUGUGUCAAAUUGGUUGCCGAAAUGAUUUGAGCUGCUCGGGAUCGGAAGCUUGCAUCAACAACAAGUGUCAAGAUCCAUGCAAAACAACAACACAAUGCGGACAGUGUGCCGAGUGUUUGGUCAUCAAUCAUGUUGUGCAAUGCAGUUGCCCGAAUGGUUUCCUCGGGAAUCCAUUCACCGGAUGUAAUUUGCCAUUGCAACGAUGCAAUUCAUUCUGCCAAUGCGAUGAAUCGGGACAAUACUGCGCUGAGAGCUGUUCAACUGACUCGCAAUGCUCGUGCGGUCAAAUUUGUGCGACCGGAAAAUGCCGCAGCAGAUGUAAUCCAGGCAACUGUAUGGAAGGACAAUUGUGUCAGGAUGGAGCUUGCAUUGCUGGCUGCCGAAAUAAUUUAGAUUGCUCAGGCGAUAGAUCGUGUAUAAAUGGCCAGUGCUUGGAUCCAUGUUCAUUGGACGAUACUUGCGGAGAGAAUGCCAUUUGUCGAGUUUCAGAACAUCGUGUGGUUUGCUUGUGCCCAGAUGGAUUCAGAGGUGAACCAACACAAGGAUGCACACGAUCAGAAUGUUCCGUUGACAGCGAUUGUGAAAUUGAUAAACGAUGUGAGGCUGGCUCAUGCAAAAAUCCAUGUUUGCAGGCCGGCGCUUGUGGUGUGAAUGCACAAUGCCGCGUCGUUAACCGACAAAAACAAUGCUCAUGUCCACCGGGACACUUUGGCCAGCCAGCUAUUGAAUGCUCAUUCGAAACGAAUGCAUGUGCAAGAAACCCAUGCGGCGCGAAUACAAGAUGCCGCGAUGUAAAUGGCGGCUAUGAAUGCUCUUGCGCACCAGAAUGCGAUGGUGAUCCGCACAAGGGCUGCUUAUGUGGCGGUGAAUGGAAGAAUGAUUGUGCCGGUCACACUUGCGGACGAAAUGCAGCUUGCCGUGUUAUCAACCAAAACGCAGCGGAAUGCUAUUGUCCACCACUUUAUCCAAGCGGAGACCCAUAUAAUGAAUGCACACCAUUGCGAGAAGUAAGCGAUUGUCUUCACAACGGUUGCUUGAACGGUGAAUGUGUUCGUGAAGGUUCACAAUAUGUAUGCAGACAAGACAAUGAAUGUACCAGUGAUUUAGAUUGCCCCAAUGAAAAAGCAUGUUUGAAUAAUGUAUGCGCGGAUCCAUGUGCGUUGCGGGAAGCAUGCGGAAUAAAUGCACUGUGCAAAACGGUGUUACAUCGUCCACGGUGCUCGUGUCCGAGCUGCUACAUCGGGCGAGCGAACGUCGAAUGCAAACCGGAUCCACAAUGCCAAUAUACUUCACCCCGACCGAAUGACAUUGGAACGUUGUGCAAUACAGACGCUGACUGUCAUGAAUCAUUGUCAUGUAAUCGACUUGGACAAUGCGUUGAUCCGUGUGAAAGUUCGACAUUCGCAUGUGAACCGAAUAAAAAGUGUGAAGCACGACGCCAUCGACCGGUAUGCGUGUGCAAAUCGGGUUUCGUUGUAAAUGAAUAUGGAGAAUUGAUAUGUGCACCAGAUAAACGUGAGUGUUCCCGAGACGAUGAAUGUGCCUCGAAUAUGGCAUGCAUUGAUUUGAAAUGUCAAAGCCCGUGUGUUGUACACAAUUCACGCGGUGCACCAUGUCCAGCCGAAAAAUCGUGUCAGGUGCAGGAUCAUAAACCCGUUUGCAUUUGCAUGAAAGAUUGUAGCCCAUCCGUAUCGAUAUGCUUAAGAGACAGCGGUUGUCCGGCCGGUUUGGCUUGCCGAAACUAUCAAUGUGUUAAUCCAUGCGAUCACGCCUCAUGCGCUGCUAACUCACCUUGCUUUGUGGAAGAUCAUAAACCCAUUUGCAAAUUCUGUCCACCAGGAUUUGUGGCUGACUCAAAAACAGGAUGCCAAAAAGAAAUUGGUUGCAAAUCAAGCGUCGAAUGUCCACAUCAAAAGGCAUGCAUCAAUUCAUUGUGCGUUGAUCCGUGUGCAUAUCAUCAAUGCGCGCCAAAUCAAGAUUGCCAUGUGGAUAACCAUCAACCGGUCUGCGUUCAUACAGGACGUGAUCCAUACGAUUGUAGCCAUUGCUCGGGAGGCGUUUGUGAUGCAGUCACUGGCGCAUGCGUUAAAGCUGAAAAUGCGACUAGGCUAACAACUAGCACACAGAAAACUCCAAUCACACCUACUUUAAGUACUAGCAAAACGAAUAACACAAGAGUUCCAAGCAAAGCAACACGAAAACCACCGUUUAGAACAACGACACCGAAACAAACGGAAAAAGACACGACAAAAGUGCCAACGGAAACCACAACAAUUGAAGGAGGUGAAGAUGUGACGACACAAGUGCCAAUCACACAAGCGCCAGUAACCACGCCGUCGAAAUACACAAGAAAACCACCAACCCGGACUACGACCGACCGAAGCGAUGAAACAACAACGCAAGAAACGACAACGAAGAAAUACGGAACAAAACCAUCAACUCGGACUACGACCGAACGAAGCGAUGAAACAACAACAAUACAAGAAACGACGACAAAGAAAUACGGAAGAAAACCAUCGACACGAACAACAACCGAAGGAAUUGAAGAAAAAACAACGCAAGAGCCAACUACUCCGAAAUACGUUCAAAAUACGACGAAAAAAUCACCAACUGGAACAACAAUUGAGGGAAUUGAGGGAAUUGAUGAAGUAACCACUACGAAAACUACCACACCGAGAUUCCCAAGUCAAGGAAAAGCUCCCUUCCAAACGACAACCGUCGAAGAAAGUGGUGAAACGACCACAUUUAAUCCAUUGGGCAAAAAUCCACGACUUAAUGAUAAUGUCACGGACAUAACAACUUCAGUGGAUGAUUUAACCACAUUAAUCAGUACAAUGACUGAUAGUUCGAUCACUGAAGACACCACAUUGCCCACAGAAUCAACCGAGAAAACGACUAGAGGAGUAGGAAUUGUAACGGAAUCGACCAGCGUCGAAACCACAUCAGUUGAUGUUGGACGCAUUUCGAAUACGACCAAACCCAUGGAAACAACCACUAACCAAAUACUAACCGUAACCGAAGGCAAGAAUAUCACCACCACUAUUGUGAGCGUAUCACAAACGGCAAGAAAAUUGUGCAAAACUAGAAAGGACUGCGCAACCAAUGAAUUCUGUGUUAAAAAACAUUGUGUACGAUUGUGUGAAACUAACGGUAACGUUACUAAAACCAGUGACGAUUGCGUCAAAGUCCAAUGCACACGCAACGAAGAUUGUUCUCUAGCUGAAGCAUGCAUCGAUGGAGCUUGUCGCCAUCCGUGCGAAGUUCGCAACCCAUGCGCACCAAACGCAGCCUGUGUCAAUGUGAACCACGGCAGCGAUUGCAGUUGCAUCGAAGGAUUUGCUGGCAAUGGCUAUGUUUCAUGCGAACCGGUUUAUGGAUAUCAACCGAUUUGUCAAUACAACGAAGACUGUCCACCAAACAAAUUAUGCGAUCGAUUGAAUAGACGUUGUAUCAACCCUUGCACAGUCGAUUCGUGCGGUGAUAAUGCCGAAUGUACGCCAGUAAAUCAUGGCAUUGAGUGUACGUGCCGAAAUGGUUUCAUUGGAAAUGCAUACAUCGAAUGUACCAGACUUCAAGGUUGCCGAACCGAUUCCGAAUGUGCAUCGAGCGAAGCAUGUGUCAACGGUCAAUGUGGUUCACCAUGCCAGUGCGGUAUUUCGGCUCUGUGCGAAGUUGUGAACCAUCGACCAAUUUGCAAAUGUCCAAACGGAUACUCAGGCGAUCCAAGAAUUGGUUGUAAUCCACCAUCGAAUGCAUGCGAACCGAACCCAUGUGGAUUGAACGCCAUGUGCGAAUUGGAUCGAGGAAAUCCAAUUUGCUUCUGUCCAAAGGGUCUCACUGGAAAUCCAUUCAAAAAUUGCAUUCCAGAAGGUGAUGAAUGCCAUCCAAAUGUCUGUGGUGAAAACAGUGGAUGUCGUGUUGUCAAUGAUACUCCAGUUUGCUUCUGUUUGCCAGAAUUUGAAGGAAGUCCACCAGCUGUGCCAUGUCAACCACCAAAAGAUGCUUGCUCAGUCUCAUCAUGCGGACCAAAUACACAAUGUACUCGUUUGGCGAAUGGAGUCGCUAAAUGCACAUGUUUACCAGGUUAUAUCGAAAGCCCGAACACAAUUCGUGGAUGCGUUGAGCCGAAGAGCGCUUGCGAACCAUUCCCUUGUGGUUUUGGAGCUUCUUGCGAUGUUGCACGAAACCCAGUUUGCUAUUGCCCAGAAGGAACAAUUGGAAAUCCAUUCAAACAAUGUAAACCACCAGUUAUUGUUAAAGAACUGUGCAAACCAGGAGUAUGUGGACCAAAUGCCGAUUGUUACGUUGCAAAUGGUCGUGAACAGUGCUUCUGUCGCGCCGGAUUCACUGGAGAUGCAUACAGUGGUUGUCAUGAGCCACCACGAUCGGUUUGCGAACCAAAUCCAUGUGCUCCAAACGGUCUCUGUCUCAUUCAAGAGAACGGUGAACCAAUUUGCUACUGUCCACCUGGAAUGGGAGGUGAUCCAACAACUGAAGGAUGCCACGGCUACGAAUGUCAUGCCGACAGUGAUUGUUCUGAAUUCCAUGCUUGCUUAGGAUUCAGAUGUCACGACCCAUGCCCAGGAUCAUGCGGAAUCGGCGCAAGUUGCAAAGUUGAGAGACACCAUCCAGUAUGCUAUUGUGAUAAUGGUUUAGAAGGUGAUCCACUAGUUAGAUGUUAUGUGCAAGAUGAGGAACCAAAGAAAUCACCUUGCUGGCCAUCUCCGUGUGGUGUGGGAGCACAGUGUAGUGUAUUGAAUGAUAGAGCUGUUUGCUCAUGCCUACCCGAUUACAUUGGAGAUCCACAAACUGGAUGCCAUGCUGAGUGUGUAAUCAAUUCAGAUUGUCCGGCUCAGAAGGCUUGUAUCAACAAACACUGUGAGAAUCCAUGCCAGGCAUCAACGUGCGGUGUCAACGCUGAGUGUCGUGUCUACGAUCACACUGCAAACUGUUACUGCCGAGAUGGUUUCAUGGGCGAUGCUUUUAUUCACUGCUUACCAAGUCAACCAUUGAGAAAUGUCACUGCCAAUCCAUGUGUGCCAUCACCAUGUUCGCCGGAAAGCGUAUGUCAUGUAUAUGGCAACGUAGCCGUCUGUGAUGUAUGUUCAAAUGUAGAUGGAUACAACAAUCCUGGAUGUCGACCGGAGUGUUUGUCAAACAGCGAUUGUGGAUUCAGUCGAGCUUGUAUCAAUCAACGUUGUUUGGAUCCGUGUGUUGGAACAUGCGGACAAAAUGCCAUUUGCACAGUUGUGAAUCAUAAUCCAAUUUGCUCGUGCCCACAAGGACUUUAUGGCAACCCAUUUGAACAUUGUUCAGUGUCAAUUCAACCGAUUCCACAUGUGCCAGCUAGCUGCGAUUCAACCCAAUGUGGACCGAACACCGAGUGCAGAGAACAUAACGGGAUCCUCGCUUGUGUUUGCCAGAGAGGUUAUUUCGGUGAUCCAUUGAUGGGAUGCCGACCAGAAUGUGUUGUAAAUCCAGACUGUCCAUUGGAUCGAUCGUGUGAAGGUCAAAAAUGCGUCAAUCCUUGCGAGCAUGCAUGCGGCAGAGGUGCUUUAUGCCAAGUUGUGAAUCAUGCUGCAGUUUGUUUCUGCCCAGAAGAUCAUACCGGAGAUGCGCUCGUAUCGUGUACACCAUACAUUCGACCGCAGAUACCCAUCGAUGAUAGCCGUCCGCCAUUGAAUCUGUGUGAUCCAUCGCCGUGCGGCCCCAACAGUCGUUGCUUGAUUUCACCAACUGGUCAUGGUGCGGUUUGUUCAUGUUUGCCUGGCUACAGAGGCAAUGCACCAGCUUGUACACCAGAAUGCGUCAGUCAUUCUGAAUGUCCAUCGAACAAAGCAUGCGUUAACUUGAAGUGUGUCAAUCCAUGCGUUGGUGGAGUUUGCGGUGUUGGAGCACGUUGCGAAGUAAUCAAUCACAAUCCAAUUUGUAGUUGUGCUCCGGGCGAAACCGGAAAUCCAUUUGAAUCGUGCCAUUUAGUUCGGAUUGAAGAGGUGCCAGAACCACGACACCCGUGUUCACCAUCGCCGUGUGGCCCAUUCUCGAUUUGCCAAGUGAAACAAGGCCAUCCAGUUUGCUCGUGCGUUGAAAAUUACACCGGCCAUCCGCCAUACUGUCGUCCGCAGUGUGUAUUGAAUAAUGACUGUCCUCAUGACAAGGCUUGCAUCAGAGAACGAUGCGAAAAUCCAUGCGCAAACACAUGCGGAGCAAACGCUGAAUGCCAUGUCGUUGCUCAUUCAGCGUUCUGUAACUGUUUGCCAGGCUUCAGAGGUGAUGCUUUCACCGGAUGUACAUUAGAAUCCGUCGAAAGAAUUCCACUUGAUCCAUGUUUCCCAUCGCGAUGCGGAGAAAAUUCAAUUUGUACCGUGGAAAAUGGCAUCGGCAAAUGUAGUUGUAUUCCACCAUACAUUGGAGAUGCUUACGGUGCCGGAUGCCGACCGGAAUGUGUAUACAAUUCCGAUUGUGCCAGUGGAAUGGCUUGCAUCCGACAGCAUUGCAGAGAUCCAUGCCCAGGUGUUUGUGGUCCUUCGGCUGAGUGUAGCGUUGUCAAUCACGUUCCAGUUUGUACAUGCCCAAGAAACUAUGAAGGUAAUCCAUUUACCGGUUGCAGAGUAAUUCCACGGAAACCUGAUAUACCACCGAAUCCAUGCGAGCCCAGCCCAUGCGGAAGCCAUAGCAUUUGUCGUGUCAUUGGUGAACGUCCAACAUGCUCGUGCCAAUCAGAUUUUGUGGGUAAUCCACCAAAUUGUCGACCGGAAUGUGUUACCAGCAGCGAAUGUCUUCAACACGAGGCCUGUAUUAAUCAAAAGUGCAGAGAUCCAUGCGAAGGAACGUGCGGUCUUAAUGCAGAGUGUAGAGUGAUCAAUCACAAUCCAAUCUGUGGCUGCCCAAGAGACUUCAUUGGAGAUCCAUUUGAACAAUGCAUACCGAGACCAUAUGAUACACCACCAGAAACAAAUCCAUGUUUGUCUGGUGCUUGUGGUCCAAAUUCAGAGUGUCACGUAGUAGAAGGUCGUGCAGUGUGCUCAUGUGCCCUUGGUAUGCUUGGUGCACCACCAAAUUGCCGACCCGAAUGUGUGAUUCAUCAAGAGUGUCCUUCGAAUCGUGCUUGUAUUGCUCAGCAAUGUCAAGAUCCUUGCUACGGCUCGUGCGGAUUCAAUGCAAGAUGUACGACGCAAAAUCAUCAACCAAUUUGCUCAUGCAUUGAAGGAUUUGAAGGUGACCCAUAUGCAAGUUGCACUCCACGUCAAAUUGUCUUGUAUACGCCACUGGAUGUGUGUUCGAGUACGCCAUGUGGCGCGAACGCGGUGUGUAGAGAACAUAAUGGUGUUGGUUCGUGUACUUGCAUGCAAGACUAUUUCGGUGAUCCUUACUUUGGCUGCAAGCCGGAAUGCUUACAAAGCUUUGAUUGUCCAUGUAAUUUUGCCUGUAUCAAUGCCAAGUGUGUCGAUCCGUGUGAAAAUGCGUGCGGCAUGAAUGCCGAAUGUUCCGUCGUCAAUCAUGCUCCAAUGUGCUAUUGCAUCCCUGGCUAUACUGGAAACGCUCUGUUCGGUUGCCAUCCGAUUCCAGAUAAUUCAUAUUUGCCGUUACCAAAAGACAAUCCAUGUGUACCAUCACCAUGUGGGUUGUACAGCGAUUGUCAUGUUGUUGAAAAUCAUCCAGUUUGCUCUUGUCUAGCUGGUUACUUGGGGGCACCACCGGAUUGUCAUCCAGAAUGUAUGAUCAGCGCUCAAUGUCCAUUUGACAGAGCCUGUAUUAAUCAACAAUGCGUCGAUCCUUGUCCGGGUAUUUGCGGUUUGAGCGCUAUGUGCCGUGCUGUGAACCAUAAUCCAAUUUGUUCAUGUUCUCCGGGUUUUACCGGUGAUCCGUUCACUCGUUGUGUCCCUAUUCCAGAGCCGAUUUAUCCAAUUGCUGUUCUAAAUCCAUGCGAUGGUAAUAUAUGUGGACCAAAUGCCGUAUGCAGAGUUCAUAAUUCUCAAGCCGUUUGUUCGUGUUUGCCAAAUUACAUCGGUCGGCCACCAAAUUGCCGACCAGAGUGUAUCAUGGAUGAAGACUGCUCAACAACGUUGGCUUGCGUAUGUGACAAAUGCAAAAAUCCAUGUGAGGGAACUUGUGGGCCCAAUGCUCACUGCACAGUUCUAUAUCACAGAGCGCACUGCAUUUGCAACGGUGGUUUCACUGGCGACCCGUUCACCGGAUGUAGUCAGAUCAUUCUAUACGAAGAACCAUCUCAGCCUUGCCAUCCAUCACCCUGUGGAGUUAAUGCAUUAUGCGAACAACGCAAUGACGUUGGGUCAUGUAAAUGUGUACCUGAAUAUUAUGGUGAUCCGUAUGUUGAAUGCCGACCUGAAUGUGUUUCAAAUUCUGAAUGUCCAUCGAAUCGUGCUUGCAUAAACAACAAAUGCCAACAUCCAUGUCCGGGAACAUGUGGCGAGCUCGCCUUCUGUCAUAUCAUCAAUCAUUCGCCAAUUUGUAGUUGUCUUGAAGGUUAUAUCGGUAAUCCGCUAGUCGCUUGUGCUUUGCCACCGGUUCAAGCCACUCCAAUCGAAACGCCUUGUUCGCCAACGCCGUGCGGUUUUAACAGUCAAUGUCGUGAGCUCGAUAAUCACGCUGUAUGCAGUUGUUUACCGGAUAUGAUCGGUGCACCACCAAAUUGUCGUCCAGAAUGUUUGGUCAGUUCUGAAUGUGCUCUCGAUAGAUCGUGCAUCAAUCAAAAAUGCAAAAAUCCAUGCGAAGGAGUUUGUGGAUUGAAUGCAAGAUGUCAAGUGGUUAAUCAUAAUGCAAUUUGUAGCUGUGAGCUAGGUUACAGUGGCGAUCCAUUUGUUAGAUGUAUCAAAGAAGAAAUACGUCAUCCAAUUGUACCAAUCACGCCGAUUGCUGGCUGUGUCCCAACGCCGUGCGGCCCCAAUUCGCAGUGCCGAGAAGUCGGCGAAACACCCGUAUGUUCAUGCUUGCCAAAUUAUAUCGGAAGAGCGCCAAAUUGUCGACCUGAAUGUGUUACCAAUUCGGAAUGUUCACGAAAUUUGGCUUGCUUAAAUGAACGUUGUGUCGAUCCUUGUAUUGGUGUUUGCUCAUCUCAAGCCACCUGCAAUGUUUAUAAUCACCAACCGAUCUGUCGAUGCCCCGAUGGGUAUACUGGCGAUCCAUUCGUCGCUUGCGCUCCGAUUCCAAUUUAUCACGAGCCAGAGGUGACUGCUUGUCAAGCCAGUCCAUGCGGAAUCAAUGCUGAGUGCCAUGAACGAAACAACGCUGGUGCAUGUACUUGUUUGCCAGAAUAUUAUGGUGAUCCAUACGUUGAAUGUCGGCCAGAAUGUGUGAUGAAUAGCGAUUGUCCAAAGACGAAAUCUUGUUUCAAUCUAAAAUGUGUUGAUCCAUGCGUCGGAGUUUGUUCAUCGAAUGCUGAAUGUUUCGUUGUAAAUCAUUCGCCGUUGUGCACUUGUUCGUCGGGAUAUACUGGAAAUCCAUCGAUUGGUUGCUAUGAAAUUCCAAGACUACCUGAAAAGCCAGAGGUUCAGUUGUGCCACCCAUCGCCGUGUGGACCUUACAGUCAAUGUAAAGAGAUAAACGAUCAUGCGAUUUGUUCGUGUCUUGAAAAUUACAUUGGCAGUCCGCCAGCUUGCCGGCCCGAGUGUACAAUCAAUUCCGAUUGUUUGCCCGAUCGAGCGUGUAUAAAUCAUAAGUGCGUCGAUGCUUGUGCUUCUUGUCCGUGCGGUGAUCAGGCUCGUUGUCAUGCUAUCAAUCACAAUCCUAUCUGUAGUUGUCCUUUGGGUUAUACGGGUGAUCCAUUUGUUCGAUGCACUCCUGAAGAGAAACGACCUGUGUAUGUUGAGCCGGAACGGCCAAAAUGUGUGCCAAAUCCGUGCGGACCAUUUUCACAGUGUCGCGAAAUUGGUUCGACCGCUGUAUGCUCAUGUUUGCCGAAUUACAUUGGACGCGCGCCAAACUGUCGUCCCGAGUGCACUUCGAAUUCGGAGUGUGCGGCAAACCGAGCAUGCAUCAACGAACGCUGUAAUGAUCCGUGUCCGGGCAGCUGUGGUAUUUCAGCAUACUGUAGCGUUUUAAAUCACUCACCUGUAUGUACUUGCGAUAGUGGUUAUACGGGUGAUCCAUUCUCUGGAUGUUAUCCAAUACCAAUCAUUCGCGACGAAGUUCAACAUCCCUGUGCACCAAAUCCAUGCGGUGCUAACGCUGAAUGUAUUGAGAAGAGCGGUGCUGGUGCAUGCAAAUGCUUGCCGGAAUAUUUCGGCGAUCCAUACAGUGGUUGUCGACCACAAUGCGUUAUAAACAGCGAUUGCCCCAGCCAUUUGGCUUGUCUCAAUAAUAAAUGCAAAGAUCCCUGCCCCGGUGUAUGUGCAUUGAACGCUGAAUGUCGCGUUGCUAACCAUGUACCAACUUGCCAUUGUAUGAUUGGCUACGUAGGAAAUCCAUUGACUGGAUGCCAUAGAGAAGAACAACCUCCAAUUAAACACCACGAUGUUACCGAAUUGUGCCAACCAAACCCGUGCGGUUUGAAUAGUCAGUGCCGUGUUGUGAGCGAGCAUGUGGUUUGCUCAUGUUUACCAGGUUUCAUUGGCAGUGCACCAAAUUGCCGACCUGAAUGUAUGAUUAGUGCCGAAUGUGCACAGAAUCGAGCCUGUAUAAAUAGUAAAUGUGUUGAUCCGUGCAUUGGCACAUGUGGACAACACGCCCGAUGCCAUGUCGUUAAUCACAAUCCAAUCUGUUCAUGUUCGCCUGGUUAUACUGGUGAUCCUUUCAUUCGCUGUGUAGUACAACCAACAGCUGUAGUUACACCAAGACCAAGCGGAAAUCCUUGUAUCAACAAUCCCUGCGGUCCGUUUAGUCAGUGCCGCGCUGUCGGUGAUACGCCUGCAUGUUCAUGUUUACCUAAUUACGUUGGACGGGCGCCAAACUGUCGACCCGAGUGCAUUCACUCGGCCGAAUGCCCGGCCAAUUUAGCAUGUAUAAAUGAGCGGUGUGGCGACCCAUGUGUGGGUGCAUGUGGUAUACAUACAUUCUGUACGGUUAUAAAUCACAAUUCUAUCUGUCAGUGUGAUCAUGGUUUCACUGGCGAUCCAUUCUCGGGUUGUACAGAAAUUCCUAAAUUGCCAUCGCUACCACCAAAGAGCCCAUGUUCACCUUCGCCAUGCGGAGCUAAUGCCAUUUGCAAAGAACAGAAUGACGUUGGUUCAUGCACUUGCUUACCAGAAUACUAUGGAGAUCCAUACACUGGAUGUAGACCAGAAUGUGUACAAAAUUCCGAAUGUGAUCAAUCGAAAGCCUGCGUAAAUAAUAAAUGCAAAGAUCCAUGCCCCGGCGUUUGCCCAGUCAAUGCGAUUUGUACGGUUCGAAAUCAUGCACCAAAUUGCUUCUGUGAUAACGGUUUCACCGGAAAUCCGGCUAUCUCUUGUACUCCAAUCGAAAUCCCAACGACUCCACCUCAAAUAUGUUCUCCCAAUGUCUGCGGACCAUACAGUAUUUGCCAUGAAAAGAAUCAGCAUCCAGUGUGCUCAUGCCAACCGGGCUACAUUGGAAUGCCACCAAAUUGUAGAGCCGAAUGUGUUGUUAGUUCCGACUGUCCUCAAGAUAAAGCAUGCUAUAAUCAAAAAUGUGGCAAUCCAUGUACACCCGGAACGUGUGCCCAUAAUGCCAUUUGCAAAGUAGUCAACCAUAAUCCAAUCUGUAGCUGCUCCAAAGGUUUCACUGGUAACCCAUUCGAACAAUGCAUUCAAAUCCAAACCAAUUAUACUCAAAGAGAUGAUCUAAACCCUUGUUUAAACAAUCCAUGUGGACCGAAUUCGCAAUGCCGUGUUAUUGGAAAUCAGGGCGCUUGUUCAUGUUUACCGAAUUAUUUAGGACGGCCGCCAAAUUGCCGGCCCGAAUGCACAUCAAAUGAAGAAUGUGCCAGCAACAAAGCAUGUAUAAAUGACCGUUGCAUCGAUCCAUGCAUAGGCAAAUGCGGUGAAAACGCCGUUUGUAAUGUAGUUAAACAUAAUGCUGAAUGUAAUUGCAUUUCUGGAUACGAAGGCGAUGCAUUUACACGAUGUACAGUAAUCGUUGUUCCAUUACCAGUUGAACCGGAAUCAACGCCAUGCCAACCAUCGCCGUGUGGAAUUAAUGCGGAGUGUCGUGAACGAAAUGGUGCCGGUGCAUGUUAUUGCUUGCCUGGUUUCGAUAUGGGCAAUCCAUACGACAAGGAGCGCGGAUGUCAUCGUGAGUGUGAAAUCAAUGAAGAUUGUGAUGGCCGAGCGGCUUGUGUUCGAUACAAGUGCGUUGAUCCUUGCAUUGGCAUUUGCGGAACAUACGCAUUGUGCCAUGUUGCAAAUCACAUUCCAACCUGUACUUGCCCGGACGGUUUAACGGGGGAUCCAUUCUUGGAAUGCCGAGAAAUACCAACAAAACGACCCGAAGAACGCAAAUUCCCAUGUUCACCAUCACCGUGCGGACCGAACUCGAAUUGCCGUGAUAAUGCUGGACAAGCUGUGUGCUCUUGUGCAUCUGGUUUCAUUGGUACACCGCCAAAAUGUCGACCAGAAUGUGUUGUAAAUAGUGAAUGUCCAUCGGAUAGAGCUUGCAUCCAUCAGAAAUGUGCUGAUCCAUGCCCGAAUUCGUGCGGUAUUGGCUCAGUUUGUCACUCAAACAACCACAAUCCAAUUUGUGCUUGUCCGAACGGCUUCACCGGUGAUCCAUUCAAACAAUGUACGCGAAUCCAGAAAAUCGAACCAAUACCAACAGAACCACCACCAACAUGCACACCGUCGCCGUGUGGACCCAAUUCAAAGUGUCAAAUGAUCUCCGGUAGUCCAGCAUGCUCAUGUUUGGAAAAUUACAUUGGAAUGCCACCGAAUUGUCGGCCAGAAUGUGUUCUUAACAGCGAAUGCCCCGGUCAACAGGCAUGUAUUCAACAAAGAUGCAAAGAUCCAUGCCCUGGAUCAUGUGGAUUUGAAGCAACUUGCCAUGUCUUGAAUCAUGUUCCGAUCUGUACAUGUAAUGAUGGAUAUGAAGGUGAUCCAUUCGUGCAAUGCAAACCGAUAGUACAUGUUGAACCGCCUACAGAACAGAGAGAUUUCUGCAGUGAACAGCCAUGUGGACCAAAUGCUGAAUGUAUUGGCAAUGAAUGUAGAUGUAUUGCCGAAUAUCAAGGAAAUCCAUACGAAGGAUGCCGACCGGAGUGCACGAAUAAUGCAGAAUGUAGUCGAGAUCGAGCUUGUUUGCGCUAUAAAUGCAUCAAUCCAUGUGUUGGAACAUGCGGUCAGAAUGCUUUAUGCGAAGUUGUGAAUCAUAUUCCAAUUUGCACUUGCCCACAGGGAUACACGGGAGAUCCAUUCACAAACUGCCAUCCAGAUGUGGUUCCAACACCGCCAAUUGGCGACGUUUGCAAUCCAUCACCAUGCGGGGCAAACAGUCGAUGUCGCGAUGUCAGCGAUCAUGCGGUGUGCUCAUGUUUACCAGGAUUCAUUGGUACGUCGCCACAAUGUCGUCCAGAAUGUGUUGUUUCUUCGGAAUGUGCACCAACGCAGGCCUGUAUCAAUCAGAAAUGUAUUAAUCCCUGCAUUGGAACUUGUGGCGUAAAUGCAAGAUGUGAAGUGAUCAAUCACUCGCCAAUUUGUAGUUGUAAACCUGGUGAAACAGGAGAUCCGUUCCGAAGUUGUACACCCGUACGACAUGACGAAGAGCCACAUGAAAGGGUAAAUCCAUGUUUGGCUGAUCCAUGCCAAGAUCGAUGCAAUCCAUGUGGUUCGAACAGCAAAUGCCACGCAGUUGGUGAGACCGCAUCAUGUCAAUGCAUCAGCGGUUACAUUGGACAACCACCGAAUUGCAGACCAGAAUGUGUGAUCAAUGCCGAUUGUCCAGCUCAAUUGGCAUGUAUAAAUAAAAAGUGCCAGAAUCCGUGCGAAGGAUCAUGUGGUACGGGAGCCGAAUGCCAUGUUAUUAGUCAUACCGUUUCAUGUGUUUGUCCAACUGGUCAUACUGGCAAUCCAUUUGUUCAGUGUAUCAUUCAAGAACACGAAGAAAUCAAUCCAUGCGAACCAAGCCCGUGCGCAUCGAACGCUGAAUGCAUUCAUCGCAAUAAUGUUGGCGCUUGUCGCUGUAUCGAAGGCUAUCAUGGAAAUCCAUACGAAGGAUGUCGACCAGAAUGUGUGCUCGCAUCGGAUUGUCCAUCGGAUAAGGCUUGCAUAAAUCAAAAAUGCCGAGAUCCAUGCCCGGGCGUGUGCGGACAGAAUGCCGAAUGUGCACCAGUCAAUCAUGUGCCAACAUGCACUUGCCACAAUGGUUUCACCGGUGAUCCAUUCACAGCUUGUCAACGAUAUGAAGAACCAGUACCACAAGUACCAAUUGACGUAUGCCGUCCCUCACCUUGUGGCCCCAACAGCAUAUGCCAUGAAGUGAAUGGUGUUGCGGUUUGUUCAUGUGUCGAUCAAUACAUUGGAACUCCACCAAAUUGUCGACCGGAAUGUACAGCCAACUCCGAGUGCCCAUCAAACAAAGCGUGCCAUAAAUUCAAAUGCUCCAACCCGUGUGUUGGAACGUGUGGCGUCGGAGCAAACUGUCAAGUAAUCAAUCACAAUCCGAUUUGCAGUUGCCCAUCGAAUUUGAUUGGAGAUCCAUUCGUUAGAUGUUAUCCAAAACCACCAGAAGUUGAACCAGCUCCAAGACCAGCCUCACACCCAUGUUUCCCUUCGCCAUGUGGAAAUUUCGCGGAAUGUCGACCGAUCAAUGAUCGGCCAUCAUGCUCAUGCUUACCAAAUUACUUUGGCUCACCGCCAAAUUGCCGACCCGAAUGUGUGGUCAAUACUGAUUGUCCGUCAGAUAAAUCGUGUAUUGCUGAACGUUGUCGCAAUCCAUGCGAAGGAUCAUGUGGCUUCAAUUCAGAGUGCCGUAUUCAAAAUCAUAUUCCGAUUUGUACAUGCCGAAGUGGUUUUACCGGCGAUCCAUUCACACAGUGCAUUGAAAUCUACGAACCACCAAAAGAACGUCCACCACCAUAUAGCCCAUGUGAUCCAAACCCAUGCGGAAGCAAUGCCUUGUGCGACAAUGCUGUUUGCACUUGCGUAAAGGAUUAUCAUGGUGAUCCGUAUGUCGGUUGCCGACCAGAAUGCACAAUGAACACGGAAUGUAGCCCGAACAAAGCGUGCAUCAAUAACAAAUGUGUUGAUCCAUGUCCAGGCACAUGUGGAACUCAAGCCAUUUGCGAUGUUUCAAAUCAUAUCCCAAGCUGCGCUUGUCCACCAGGAUUUACUGGCAAUCCAUUCGUUGCUUGCAAAAUAAGACCCGAUGACACACCGCUAGAUCUUUGCAAUCCAAAUCCAUGUGGAUUGAAUUCCGUUUGCCGUGUUGCAAAUGGUGUGGCUGUGUGCGCUUGUCAAUCAAAUAUGAUUGGUGCGCCACCAAACUGCAAGCCAGAAUGUGUUGUUACAGCCGAAUGUGAUUUACAGAGAGCUUGUGUCAAUCAAAAAUGUGUUGAUCCUUGCAUCGGAACGUGCGGUCAAUAUGCUGAAUGCCAAGUAAUCAAUCAUAGACCGAUCUGUAGUUGUGCAGCUCGCCUCACUGGUGAUCCAUUUACUCGAUGCUAUGAACCACUUCCACCACCACCUGAUAAGCCUAUCAAUUCGUGCAUACCGACACCAUGCGGACCCCAUUCAGAGUGUAAGGUCAUCAACGAAAGUCCAGCCUGUUCAUGUUUGCCAACAUACCUGGGAUCACCGCCAAAUUGUCGUCCAGAAUGUUCGAUAAACUCCGAGUGUCCAGCUCAUCAGGCCUGUAUGAAUCUAAAAUGUGUUGAUCCAUGCCCAGGAUCAUGUGGUAUCAAUACACAGUGCACCGUAAUCAAUCAUACGCCAUCAUGUACAUGUGAUAAUCAAUACACCGGAGAUCCAUUCCAAGGUUGUGUGCGGAUUCCAGUGCAAGAAAUACCAGAAGAGCCAAAAGUAAGUGAUGUUUGCUUCCCCUCACCAUGUGGAGCUAACGCUCGAUGCCGUUCAGAAAAUGGUAAUGCAAUUUGUGAAUGUAUACGUGAUUAUCACGGUAAUGCAUACGAAGGAUGUCGACCAGAGUGCACAGGAAACUCAGAUUGUCCAAUGAGCAAGGCUUGUAUCCAUAACAAAUGUCAAGAUCCUUGUAUCGGAAUUUGUGGCGUUGAAGCAGUUUGUACGGUAUCGAAUCACAUUCCAAUUUGUUCGUGCCCAGUUGGAACGACUGGUGAUGCCUUCAGACAAUGUGUGAUUUACGUCAUUGAAAAGCGACCAGAUGAGCAAAUUGAUCCAUGCUACCCAUCGCCAUGCUCAGUGAACACCGUUUGUAGAAAUCAAGCUAAUACGGCUGUAUGUGAAUGUAUCUCAGGCUAUUUCGGAGAUCCAAACGGAGCCGGAUGUCAUCCAGAAUGUGUGAUCAGCUCAGAUUGUCCACGAACCAAAUCAUGUGUGAACAACAAAUGUGUUGAUCCAUGUCCAGAUGUGUGCGGUUAUGGUGCAACAUGUAGAACGGUUAAUCAUAGUCCAAUUUGUUCAUGCCCCGAUCGUACAUAUGGCGAUCCAUUUGUUGAAUGUCGACCACAGGUUCGGGACGAACCAACCAAUCCAUGUGUACCAAAUCCAUGCAAUGUUAACGGUUAUUGUAGAGUUGUGAAUGGAGCUGCCGUUUGCACAUAUCCUGAAUGUAUAACGAACGAUGAUUGUUCGACAGAUAGAAGCUGCUUCAAUCAGAAAUGUAGCGAUCCAUGUUUGAACGCUUGCGGAGUGAAUGCCAUUUGUCAUGCUAUUAACCAUCAACCAGUUUGCUCAUGUCCACCGAGGUACGUUGGUUCACCGUAUGUACAAUGUGUUUUGCCACGCGAACCACCAACGCAACUGAAACCAGAAUGUGAAAGUGACUCAGAAUGUCCAAACGAUAAGGCUUGCAUCAAUGAGAAAUGCCAGAACCCGUGUGCCCAAGGUAGAAUUUGCGGUGAAAAUGCUGUCUGUCACGUUCAAGCACACAGACCAUUAUGUGUUUGCCAUGAAGGCUACACCGGAAACGCUCAGAUUGCUUGUUAUGAAAUUGGAUGCCGUGCUGACAAUGACUGCCCGACCACACAUGCUUGUGUAAACCGUAAUUGCGUUGAAGUUUGUGAUCAAAUUCAAUGCGGUCGCAAUGCCAUCUGUCGAUCAGAUUACAGUCAUCAUGCACGAUGCUAUUGCUUGGAUGGAUAUCGUGGAAACCCGUUGGUUUCUUGCGAACGACCUGAAUGCACGACAAACAACGAUUGCCCAUUCCAUUUGGCUUGUUUGAACGAACGCUGUCAAGAUCCAUGCAAUUGUGCAAAAGGCGCUCAAUGCCGCGUUGAUAAUCAUGUUGCCACCUGUAAAUGUUUGCCAGGAUAUGUUGGUGAUGCUUACACCAGAUGUACUCUAGUCGAAGUUCAGCACACGCCACAAUGUACGGUCGAUGCAGACUGUCCAUCGAAAUUGGCUUGCUUCAGUAAUGUCUGUAAGAAUCCAUGCACCGAAACGAGACCGUGUGGACCUCAUGCCGUUUGCUCGGUUGUUGAUUCGUUGCCAUUGAGAACAAUGGUUUGCACAUGUGAGCCUGGUUUCGUUGGUAACGCAGACCAUGGAUGCAAUCCAGAACCACUCAAAGAUGCUGGUUGUGUGUCGAAUGACGACUGUGGCCCAUCCGAAAACUGUCAGAACCGAAUUUGUGAGAAUCCAUGCAAAAAUGGCAAUCCAUGUGACAAGAGUGCCGAAUGUCUUGUUGAAAAUCAUCGUGCGGUUUGCACUUGUCCACCAGGAUUUACUGGCGAUCCGUUUGUCAGUUGCUUCCAAGAUCGUGUUGAACCAAGACCACAAUGUACUACCGACAGCGAUUGCCCGUCAUCAAAGGCGUGCAUCAAUCAAGCUUGUAGAGAUCCAUGUAUUGAACGUAAUCCGUGCAGUCAAAAUGCUGAAUGCCGUACAAUUCAACAUCAUCCAACCUGUCACUGUCCUACGGGAUGGGCAGGCGAUCCACAACGACAAUGCUACAAACCGGAAUGUAAGAUCAAUUCGGAUUGUCCAUAUGACAAGGCAUGUUACAAUGAGAAAUGUUUCAACCCAUGCACAUACGGUGGAACUCAAUGCGGACGCGGUGCUGAAUGCUUGGCACAAAACCAUCAAGCCAAUUGCAUUUGCCCGGCUGGAACUCAAGGAAACCCAUUGAUCUCGUGUGUACGAGGCAUUUGCCAAUAUAACGAAGACUGUUUGGAUGACGAAGCUUGUGAUCGAUUGAAUCGUGUAUGCCGUAAAGUCUGUGAUAUUGACUCGUGUACUGAGAAUGCUCGUUGCGAAGGAAGAAACCAUCAACCAGUGUGCACUUGUUUGCCAGGCUUACUUGGAAAUCCAUAUGUUCAAUGCUCACGCAAACCGGAUACACCACAAUGUACUACUGAUUCAAAUUGUCCACCAUCAUUCACUUGUGUGAAUCAACGUUGCGAGAAUCCAUGCGCUAGAUCAGAUGUUUGCGAUACGCAACAAACUUGCACCGUUUUGGAUACAUCACCAAUUCGAUCAGUUAUGUGCAGAUGUCCACCGGAUACAGUCACCGAUGCUCGAGGCCAUUGCAAACCGAUCAAUUACGAUGCGAUUGGUUGUCGCUCAGACGAUGAAUGCUCAGAUCCAGAUAAAUGCAUAAAUGGCGCUUGUGUUAUUGCUUGCAGCGUUGAUAGAUGCGGUAUUAAUGCUCAGUGUGAAUCGAAAUUACAUCGUGGACUCUGUUCUUGUCCACCGGGGUACACUGGAAAUCCACAUAUUGAAUGCUCGCCGAUACCAAAACAACCAAAUGUCAUAACGCCAGCCGAUUGUUACACCGACGACGAUUGUCCAUUCGAUCGUACAUGCCGAAAUGAACGGUGCGUGAAUCCGUGCUAUCCAAGUCCAUGUGGACGUGGCGCUUUCUGUUUCGCAGAAAAUCAUCAACCAAUUUGCAAGUGCCCAAGUGGAUUCACCGGAUCGCCAUUGAUCGCUUGUAUUCCAUCGCCUGAAUUAACGGUCGGUUGUAAAUCGAACUCAGGGUGUACGCUAUCGGAAUCAUGUGUGAACGAACUGUGUACAAGCCCAUGCAACUGUGGCGUUGAUGCUGAAUGUCACGUACAAAACCAUCAUCCAAUUUGUGUAUGCAAACCGGGCUACUCAGGAAAUCCACAAUUCGGUUGCUUCAAAUUGGAAUGUCAAUCGAAUGAUGAUUGUUCGAAUGACAAAACGUGCUACAAUAAUGAAUGUAUCAACCCAUGCGUAUUAGGAGAUCCAUGUGCUGUGAAUGCUGAAUGCUUCGGAUUGAAUCAUCAAACGGCAUGCCGAUGCUUAUCUGGUUACAAGGGUAGUCCAUUCGAACGAUGCGAACGAAUCGAAUGUAGUUCCGACUUUGAAUGCCCUGGAGAUCGGGCUUGCUUGAAUCAUCAUUGCGUGAAUCCAUGUGAACAGGAUUCACCAUGUGCACCGAAUGCCAUUUGCUUCGUUCGAAAUCAUGCCGCAACAUGCAAGUGCCCAGAGGAUAUGCCAAACGGAAAUCCACUUUCGUAUUGUGAACGAAUUCAAUUGGAUAUUGGACCCGAAUGUAAAUAUGAUGACGAUUGUCCAAGUAGAUUGGCUUGUAUUCGAGAGAAAUGCGUUGAACCGUGCAAAGAAUUGACACCAUGCGCUCCGUCGGCCCGGUGCAGUGUUUUGGAUAGUUCACCAGUUCGAACAAUGGUUUGUGAAUGUCCAGAAUUAUUCGUACCGGAUGAAAACGGUGAAUGUCGUCGCAUUAUCAUUCAAACACCACCAGGCUGCAAACAAGAUUCCGAUUGCCCAACGGAUGAAUCGUGUAUCAAUCGACAGUGCCGAAGCCCAUGUGAUUGCGGACCACACGCUACUUGUUUGGUUAAAGAUCAUCGCGCAACAUGCAGCUGUCUGCCAGGAUACGAAGGAAAUCCGAAUAUCAUGUGCCGAACAGUUGGUUGCCGAAGUAAUUCCGAGUGCGAUUCAGGACGUGCUUGUAUCAAUGGAAACUGUGUCAAUCCUUGCGUCAUUGAUAACCCAUGCGGAUUGAAUGCUGAAUGCUAUGUUACCGGAAACCGAGCCGAAUGCAGAUGUUUCAGUGGCUACCGUGGAAAUCCAUUCGAAGUGUGCCGAGUUAUUGGCUGUCGCAGUAACAGCGAUUGUCCAAGUGACAAAGCUUGCGAGAAUGCGGUUUGUGUUAAUCCAUGUGUUUAUGAUCACGCUUGUGCGCCACAUGCCGAAUGUUCACCACAGAAUCACAUGCCAGUUUGCAAGUGUCAAGAAGGUUUUACUGGUAAUCCAUAUGUUGAUUGUAGACGAGAACCACAAGUUGAAUGUACAGUUGAUGGCGAUUGCUCAUCGCGAUUGGCGUGUAUUAAUCAUGAAUGCGUAAAUCCAUGCACAACACUCGAACCAUGCGUUCAACCAUCAAAAUGUGAAGUCGUUCCAUCGCUACCAGUCAGAACAAUGAUUUGCAUUUGCCCCGAAGGUUAUGUAAGCAGUGGAAAUGGAACGUGCAAACCAUUGGAAGCUAUCGUUCGAGUUGGAGGUUGUGUUUCAGACUCGGAGUGUCCAUCAGAUAAGGCUUGUAUUAAUGACAUCUGUAGAGAUCCAUGCGCCUGUGCACCGAACGCCAUUUGUCGGGUGAAAGAUCACAAACCGAUUUGCUCAUGCGAACAAGGUUACGAUGGCCAACCAGAGAUUCAAUGUACACACAUUGGAUGUCGAUCAGACGAUGAAUGUUCAACAACUCAUUCGUGCAUUAAUCGACAAUGCGUUCCGGUUUGCGCCGCCGAUGGCAGCACAUGUGGAGAACGGGCUGAGUGUUAUGGCAUCAAUCACAAUGCCGUUUGCGAAUGUAGACCUGGCUUUACGGGUAAUCCAAAGAUUGGAUGCAAUGUCAUUGGUUGCAAAAGUGACAGCGAGUGCCCAACCGACAAAGCUUGCAUUAACACCAAAUGUGAAAGCCCAUGCGAACAAGUGCAGAUCUGCGAACGAAACGAAAUUUGCCGAGCUUAUAAUCACAAACCACAAUGCAGUUGCCCACCGGGUACCAUUUCAGAAGCGGACGGAUCAUGCAGAGCGUAUGAACCAUUGUGUAGAGAUGACAGCGAAUGUCCAUCACAACAUGCUUGUAUCAACAGUCAAUGCAUUAAUCCAUGUAAUGUCACACAGCCAUGUGGAGUUAAUGCCGAAUGUAAAAUACUCGAUACAAUACCAAUUCGAACAUUGGUUUGCGUAUGUGUUGAAGGCUAUCAAGGAAAUGCAGCUGUUCAAUGUGAUCGAAUUGCGGUUUGUCGCGUUGACAAAGGAUUUGUGCCGGAUAUAAAUGGAAAUUGCGUGUGCCCGCCAGGUUCUGGUGUGAAUAUCUAUGGUGAUUGUGUACCAUGCCGCGUUGAAGAUGGUUAUAAGGUCGAUGAAACGGGACGCUGUGUAUGUGCCCUUGAAAGAGGAUUCAUAAUUGAUGAGCGUGGACGAUGUGUAUGCCCAACCGAUCAUGGCUACAAAAUAACACCGCUCGGUGAAUGCGUUCUGAUUCCAAGAACACCAGGCUGUGUCAGUGAUGACGAAUGUGCCGACUUCGAACAUUGUAAUACCGAACAGAGAAUUUGUACUGAUGUAUGCGCCGAUAGACCAACGAAAUGUGGCUUCAAUGCAUUCUGUAACGGUACCAACCAUCAGGCCAUUUGUCAAUGUAUCACCGAUUACGAAGGAAACGCUGAGAUUCAAUGCUACAAAAUCAAUCGCACGAGAGACGAAAAAUUCCCAGUCGAAAUGAAUGUGAACUGUUUGGCUGAUGGUGUAAAGACAGACAUUCAUCUGAGUGAACAAGGUUUCAAUGGCGUGAUUUAUGUGAAGGGAUACAGCAAAGAUGAGGAAUGUAGACGCGUGAUUAAUGUACCAAAUGAUGCAGCACCACGACCAUACGAAACAUUCAAGGUGCACUUUGGAAGCUGUGGCUUGAUACAUGUCAAUGGUGUUGCAAGCUUUGUAUUGGUCAUACAGAAACAUCCGAAAUUAGUGACAUACAAAGCACAAGCAUAUCACGUUAGAUGCGUCUAUCAAACGGGCGAACAGAAUGUGACAUUAGGAUUCAAUGUGCAAAUGUUGACGACAGCCGGUACAAUUGCAAAUACAGGACCACCGCCAAUUUGCUUGAUGCGAAUUGUCACCCAGAACGGUCAAGAGAUCAACUCAGCCGAGAUCGGUGACAAUUUGAUGCUGCAAGUUGAUGUACAACCACAAACAAUUUACGGUGGUUUCGCCCGAAGCUGUAUCGCCAAAACGAUGGAGGACAAUAUUGAAAAUGAAUAUGUGGUCACAGAUGAAAAUGGUUGCGCAACUGAUCCAAGUAUAUUUGGUGAAUGGGAAUAUAGCGAGGAGACGAAUAGUUUGUUGGCCAGUUUCAAUGCAUUCAAAUUCCCGUCAAGCAAUAACAUUCGAUUCCAAUGUAAUAUUCGUGUGUGCUUCGGCCGUUGUCAACCGGUCAACUGUCGCGGUGCGAAUGCAUUUGGAAAACGUCGACGUCGUCGUGAGAUCAGUGACUCAAACAGUUCAAUCAGUGUUUCGUUACCAAAAGAACUAGACGGUAUGGAUGGAACGUUGCGUGAAGAAAUUACCAUUUCGUCAAACGCCAUUCUCACGUUUGAAAAGAGAGACGAACGAUUCAGCUCUGAUGGCAGUGAAAUACAUCCGGCUGCACAAAGAGUGGAAGACAUUUGUGUAUCGAUGAUUGGUUUGAUCAUAGCCUUAGUAAUAACAGCAUUAUUGGCAUUGGUAGCCGUUGCAGUGGCCGUAUCGUGUUGGCUAAUGGCGUAUAGAAGACGACCAAAGGCAACCGGACCGCUUCCGCAUCCGCCCGAAUUCCCCAACCCACUAUUUACCAAUCCAGAUGCCGUAUCUGAACCAACACCUGACUAUCUCUCAUAGGAAUAGAUAGAUAAACAAAACAACCUCCCAAUAAUGACAACCCACAACAACAAAAUAUAUAACCUAAACAAACAAAAAACAUGAAAACAAAACCGGAACAAAAACUGUGACCGAAAGAGAAAAAAAAUCGAAUGAAAACAAAGAAAAAACAUGUAUAAAUUAUUUAAAUAGUUUGUUUAUAGUAGCUAUAUAACAUUCGAAGGAUAAAAUUACAAAUUGAAGAUAGAAAAAUUGCUGAAAGCAUUUAAUGAUAGAGAAAAAGAAUCCAGUGACAACAAUAAGGAGAAAAAGAGACGUCGAACGAAAACAACGAUAAGUGAAAAACGAAUUUUUUGUAUUUGAACGACAGACAAAACAAGCGAUUGCUUAUGUCGCCAUCGCAAUGAAUAAAAAGUUAUUAGAAGAGAAAAACAACGAACGAUGAUGAUAAAAAUAAAACUGCCAAAGCAACAAAACGCAAUUUUUAUUAAGUGAACAUAAAGUAACAAUUUUUUACGGAAUAUAUAUUAAAAUGCAUCAGCGCUUAAUUUUAAUAUAUUAUUACUUAAAUUUAUUAGAAAACAAACUAAUUUAACAAAAAUGCAUAGAAACAAGAAAAAAGUAUAAAGCUCCAAUGGCCGAAUUAACUAGUCUUUUAAAUAAAAACGUGAGGAAAAAAAAACGAAAGAAAAAAAAAUAUCGAUGUAAAAUAUAGACAGAAA